ACGAGAGUCGUUCUCUCUUCUCGCCUCAACAGUAGUCAUUAGCUUCCGUAAGCCAACCGAUCGUGCAUCAUGUCCCCAAACAGCCUCUACAAUAUUCAUGCAGUGAUUAGUAGCUGUGAAUGGGAUAAUUCAGAGCUUGCGGAUUGGAGGGAGCAGCCCGUGAUUGACCAGUGGUGCAGGCUCUUUUCAGUGAAGCAACCAAGCAUAAAUUGACCACCAGCGUUCGCAGUCGCUGUAUGUCUCUUGGUGGCAUAAAGCAAGCGGUGAACAAACCGACAGAAACCAGUUCUAAUUGGAAAAGAACCUGCAAUAACUCACAAUGGCAACCAAUGUACCUAUGAAGUACGAUAUGUUGAGGCGGCUGCGAGUAGCUGACUACAUCACUCUUUCCAAUGGUUUUUGCGGAGUUCUCGCCAUUUUCUGUGCGAUACAGAAAUCACUUUUGGCGGCGCACUUGCUUAUUUUUCUCGGCUAUGAGUUUGAUCGCUUCGAUGGAAUAGUUGCAAGGGCCAGGAAUGAAUGUUCCGAAAUGGGCAAACAAUUGGAUAGCUUCUGUGAUUUGGUCUCCUUUUGCGUGGCGCCAGCAGUCAUGAUCUAUUGCGCUGGUUUCGAUACCGUGGUGGAUCAGCUAGCUUUGGCUCUUUUUGUCUGUUCAGGCGUUGCACGCCUCUCAAGAUUCAACAUCGCCGCGCACUUGGUGCCCAAGAGCGAUCAGGGGAAAGCGAUGUACCAUGAGGGCCUUCCUACAGCAUAUGCGGCUCUUCUCAUUUCUACAGCAGUUGCUGUUGCGGAGUGGACAGGCUAUCUGACAAACUUAGCUUCUGGCUCUCAUUACCCAGUCAUUGUUGUUGUGCUCAUUUUCAGUGCCGCGAUGGUUAGCAAGCGGCUGCACUUAUACAUUGAUGGAGCCUACAGCAUCCCGGCUGUAAGCAUGUUGGUUUUCGCAGGAUGCUGGUCGCACUCACCGAUGCCAAUCAGGACUGCGCUAUGGUGAGAGAUCGAUCUUGAAUCAUGAUGCGGUUUUAGUAAUAUGAUUCGGUGUUGGUAGACAAACUGGAGAAAGGUGGCGAAAUGCAAGAAAAGAGGACAGAAGAUGUGAUUCAGGGCAAAUUGUAUGCUGCGAAUGCCAAGCGAUGAAGAUUGAAAGGGAAGCUGAAUGAGGGGUCAAGGCAAACAGACGGGUGCUGACUAUGUACAAGGCCAAAGGUUAGGGUUAUUAAGAGACUGACAGAGGAAGUACACCAAUAGAAAAUGUGUCAAACAUUCUCGUGAAACAUA